AUGGGUUUGACGGCGAACUUGUUUGUGCAAAAAAGGAGCAAUGCUACUGCUUUAAAGCAGCCAAAAGAGAUAGGCCAUUAUUCGAGAACACAGGAUAAUGAGUUUUUAGUGAACGACAGCUCGAGACUAGCGUACUAUUAUUUGCCAGAUACGGAUUUAGACAAGAGAUUAGAUUUGCUUAGCGGUAUCAAGAAGUUUAAAGAGUGCAAUACGGAUGAUUUCGAUUCUACAACGCUUCAUGGGCUACUUUCAACGUUGAUAGAGUAUGAGAAGAGGAAAGGAAAGAAGACUAAGGUAGAUAUUAUUACAUUUAGAGGGAUAAUGAGGAAGCUUAUAUCAAGUGCUUUUGACUCUCCUCAGUUCAAUGUGGUGAACCUACGGGUUGUUUCCUUUGACGGACAGCUAUUUAUCAAAGAAAUGAAGGAUGCAUCGGCAACUGAAGCAUCUUCCAUUAAUAAAAACCGCGAAUCGAUGCAGGCAAAGGCUUACUAUAGCGGGUACAAGUUUGAGACUCUAGCAACACUAUCACAACCACUACCGUUGGUUUCCAGGACCACUUUGGAAAAGAGACCCAAGAGACUUAUCAACAACGGUGAUCAGUACAUUUCGCUUGUGAGAACUGGCAUAGGGAAGUGUAAAAUACUUCUAGGCGCAGAAGUCGAUUGUAUCUUCGAUUUCAAGGAGGAUUCCGACGAUAACUUGAAGCACUACGCUGAGUUGAAAUGUACCACUAUGGUUAAUACCGUGGCUGAUGCGCACAAAUUUGAGCGCAAGUUGUUCCGGACCUGGUUACAAUGUUUCCUUGUUGGAAUCAACAGAAUCAUAUACGGUUUCAGAGAUGAGCACUUCCUACUCAGAUCUGUCGAGGAGUUCACCACAGCAGAAGUGCCCGUUAUCCUCAAGAACAACAACCCACAAAUGCAAACAUCUUGUGUCGAUGCCAUUAAAUGGUACGGCGCAUUCACCGAAUGGCUAUUGAGCAGCAUUCCACUGGACAACGAAAACCCAACCGCUGUGAAGGCAUACAGAUUAAUAUUCGAGAACAACCACCUAAAACUCUCGGAAAUCGAGGCUGGCGACGAAGAAUACGCCUCCAUAGUCGAGGGCGAAGCCGUACUAUCAAAUUCGUUCAAGGAAUGGAGAAAAUCGCUACAUAAACAGGAUUAA